AUGACUGAGGUAUCGUCCACCAGGUUGUACCUGGGAAACCUCCCGCGGAAUGCUACCAAGGCUGAUGUCGAGGCUCAUUUCGCGACCCAUGGUACCGGCGAAAUCACCGAAAUCAAGCUCAUGAACGGAUUUGGUUUCAUCGAAUAUAAAGAUGCUAUGGAUGCCCGUGAUGUCGUUCCAGUAAUAGAUGGGUCCGACUUCAUGGGCGAACGCCUCACCGUACAAUUCGCGCGCGGUACCCGGCAUCGAGAAGGUGGCAACGGUGGCGGUUUCAACAAUGAGCGCGCUCCCCCAAGGCCUCGUCGCACUCCUCACCGGAUGCAGAUUACGGGACUACCCACCGAUACCAGUUGGCAGGACCUCAAAGAUUUUGCCCGUCAAUCGAGCCUUGAUGUCGUCUAUUCUGAAACGGGCCGUGACGGCAAUGGACGGGGCUUUGUGGAAUUCGAGACCGCAGCGGAUCUCAGAACAGCAGUUGAGAAGCUCGAUGGACGUGAAUUCAAGGGAAAUCGUGUCAAUUGCGUAGCUGACACUCAGCCGGAUGUCCCAUCUCGUGACCCCCGUGGUGCACGCUCGCGGUCGCCAGGAGGACGCCGACCUUAUCCGCCUCCCAUGGAUGAAUAUGAUCGUCGUGGCCCCCCGCGAGGAUACAGCCCCCGUAGAGAUGGAUACCGUGAGGGAUAUCGUGAGCGCAGUCCUCGUCGCGAGUAUUACGAUGAGCGUGCCCGCUACCGAUCGCCCCCUCGCCGACCCAUGGACGACUAUCCGCCUCCGCGCCGCUACGACGACCCGUACCGUCGUGACUACCCUCCGCCUCCCGACCCAUAUGCCAACGGCAGACCGUAUGACCGACCUCCAAGAGACUUUCCUCCCCGAGAUGGAGCAUACCCUCGUGAUGGGUACCCGCGCGAGUAUGACCGUGGUGGCCGCUACUGGUAA